CAGAAGGAGAAACAUGUCGCCUCUACUCAUUAUUGUUACCGCGCUCUUAGUUUUAUAUGCGUGUUAUAAUUUUGUUACUUCGAAACCUGGAAAGGCUCCACCGGGGCCAGUACGUCUCCCCCUAUGGGGAUCCUAUUGGUUGUUACUAUGGGGAAAUUACAAAUUCCCCCACAAUACAAUCAGGUACUACGUUAAAAAAUACAAAUCGAAGAUAAUCAGUUUGUGGAUGGGAAAUUACUACACGGUGGUUGUCAACGAUUACGAAACUGUGAAAGAAGUGCUCACUAGAAAAGAGUUCGAUGGGAGAGACACGAACAGUUUCAUGGGACUGACAAGAUCCUGGGGAAAAACAUUGGGUAUUUUCUUCAAUGAUGGAGAGGAAUGGCAAGAGCAGAGACGAUUUGCCCUUCGGAACAUGAGGGAUUUCGGAUUUGGAAGGCGACACGGGGGACUGGAAAGUCAAUUCGAGGAGGAGCUGCGGAUCUUGGUGGAUACCAUAAAGAAUGGAACGAUUAAUGAAUCUGAGAAGGGAGUUGUAAACGGAGAUUUGGUGUAUUUUCCAAAUAUUCUGUAUCCAUCAUGCGCCAAUGUAAUUUGGGCAGUCUUGACUGGCGAGAGAUUCGAUCGAGAGCAUCACGACGAGUUGAGAGAAUUAUGCAUGUACGCCUCGAUGUUCCAAAAAGGAGGAGAAACAUCAGUUGGAGCUGUUGCGAUGACUCCCUGGUUGAGUCACUUUAGGAACCUCUUCGGUUUCCGAGACUGGGUCGAGGGUCACCAAGGAAUGAUUAGGUUCAUCAAACGCUACAUUGAUGAAAGAAGCGAAGCUGCUUUGGCUAAUAAGUCGAUCGAGGGAUUCAUUCCGGAGUAUUUGAAUGGACUCAAAGAGGGCACGCUUUCUGGUGAAUAUUCCGAGCAACAGUUGGUGAUGGUUGCCGUUGAUUUCAUGUUCCCCGCAAUCUCAGCUGUACCGAGCGUUAUUGUUCACGCUUACAAGUACAUGAUGCAUAAUCCGGAAGCUAUGAAGAAGGCUCAGGCGGAGCUCGAUCAUGUUGUGGGGCGGGAACGGUUUCCGGAAUGGAAUGACAGGAAAAAUCUCCCAUAUACGGAGGCGGCUCUUCGCGAAGCAAUGAGGAUGGAAACGUUGACGCCGAUGGGUGUACUUCACAGAUGCGUGGAGAAUACGACACUCCGAGGAUACGAUAUCCCAGUUAAUACCGUCAUGAUAACCAACUUGGCAGCAAUGCACAAUGACCCCGAUUUCUGGGGCGAUCCUGAGAAUUUUAGACCCGAGAGGUUCCUCGAUAAGAACGGGCAGCCCGUCAAAGAUUUCACACUUCCGUUUGGAUUGGGCCGACGUGUUUGUGGAGGCGAAACAUUUGCAAGGUUCGUCAUGUUUGAACUGUUCGCAACACUGAUACAGCAGUUUAAUUUUUCAUUCGUCGAGGGACAACCCACGAGCAUGGAGGACAAAUAUCCGGGCCUCAUUGUACAGCCGACGAGGACGUGGAUCAGACUGACGCCUCGAAACUGAUUCUAUCUUCAUUUUUUAUAAUAUAUCCCGUGAAAUAUUGAAAUGUUAAUUUUAUAUCUGUACUACUGAAUUCUCGAUUAUGAAGUAUUAUCAAAAUAAACGCUCUAAUUGGA